UUUUAGGCUAAAAAUAUGGCUACAGCAUUGGGCGGAGAUGGUGAUACAGUUCGAAACGGGAAUUCAGACAGAGAAAAGGAGAAUGUCCCGAAGAAUGUCAAGAAAGAAAUUGAUCGCAACAUUCAGGGAAAAUUAAUAAAUGGCAUUACAUCGAAGGAAUCCAUCAAUGAAGCAGACGGCGUUGCUGAUUUAAAAUUGGCGAUAAAAAAUAAAGGAGAUAAUCGACGGAAUACAACAGGAAGUAAGGCGGAACCUUGCAGCAAAAAUUCGAAUAAGGAGAGCAAGCCGCGUUCAAAAUCAACGAAUGUAACGAAGAAAGCUGAUGGUGGAUAUCAAACGAUGCAAGCAAAACGACGUUAUAACUCUGUGGACAAAACUCGAAAUGCGCAACAACCAACAAAUUCGAUGACAUCAGACGGAUUUGUUUAUGACGAUGAAAUUGAUUUAGAAGAGCCGUUCAGUGAUUCCGAUGAUAACGACACUUUGAGAGGACCAAAAAAACUUUCGCUGACCAUUCCACGGGGACGCAUACGCACUCUUUCGGGUACUGUCCCAGCGGUGGGGUACAGUCCAAAAUGGGGUGGUCCAACGAUGUGUUUGAGCUGUUUGCAGUUCUUCGACCUUCCGGAGCACCUCACGCAGUUUUCAGAGCAUCUACUAAAUGAGCAUCAUAUUGUUAUUGUUGAAAUCGACUUGAUUGUUGAUCCGAAGAGAUAUGUGGAAUACUGGAGACAGCGUUUUGCGAAGGAAAGUAUUGAUACCAUUUUUCCGAGAAAAAUUCCUGCUAGAAAUGAUGAGUUUUAUGGAAAAACAGAUUAUAUCUAUGAAAUGGGCGAGAAUCUACCGGAGGAUUAUGCUUUACGUCAAAAACUUGCUAUGAGACGUCUGGAAGAAGCGUUAGCAUGUCAGCAGCGUGAGCGAGAGGAUACGAAUUUCAUUCAGCAGUGUAUUUUUUGUCGAUAUACGGCACGUGGUAAUCGGUCCAAAAUAAUUCACCACCUCUAUAUGAUCCAUCAUUUAAAUCUUGGCUCGCCGGACAACUUAGUUUUUGUCACUGAAUACAUUGAGUGUCUGAAGUCGAAACUUCUCAGCAAUGAAUGCAUUUAUUGUGAAAAAAAAUUCAGCGACCGUAACACAUUAAUGGAUCAUAUGCGUAAACGAAACCAUAAGGAAGUAAAUCCAAAAAACAAUUACUAUGACAAAUUCUACAUUAUCAACUACUUGGAGUUGGGAAAGCGUUGGCUAGAUGUACUGAAAGAAGAUUUUGAAGAUACAAUGCCAACUUUUGUAGAUUCCGAUGAAGAAGAAGAAGAGGAGUCCUGGCAAGAAUGGCAAGAAGAUAAUAUCGAUGUAGAGCAGACUCGUGUAGUUUGCUUGUUUUGUGAAGAAACUGAGGAUCACGCUGCUCCGUUACUUGAACAUAUGAAAAAUGUUCACCACUUUGAUGUCCUUGGAAUCAUUGAAAAAGAGAGACUGGAUGUUUAUGAACGGGUGAGAAUGAUUAAUUACAUACGCAAAGAAAACUACAGUGUAAGAUGCUUCGUGUGUGGUAGGGAUGACUUGGUUUCGUUACAGAAGCUCAGGCAGCAUUACGCCGAAAAUGACCAUCUUUCGAAAGGAUUACCAGAAAAAUCAGUUUGGUGCACGGAAGAGAAUCUAGUACCCAUGUUUGGUAACGAUCAUCUAACUUGGAUGCUUGAAUCAUAUAUUGAUGAAAAAGAAGUUUCUUCACAGAAUGAAGAGGCGACAGCAGUGUUCGGAAACAUCAAAGACUAUCUUCUAAAGCAGAGUGAAGUGAACUCUGUUGAAGGUGUUAUUGCUGAAGAUCUUCCAGAGCUGCACGAUGGUAUACUUACAGACUUGAAUUUGUACGAAUCGCUUAAAUAAACUGAAAUUAAGUAUUUUGGACUCUAAAAAUAAUUUGAAAAGGACGAAGAUUGGAUGCACUGAUGUACUUCAUUUUAGCGCAUAUAGGCGGACCACGGUCGCCACUAUAACUCCAUUUGCUCACUUUCUGUGAAGUUUCCUGUUUCUGUAAAGUUGCUAAAUCAAUGGUUAUUCUGCAGUUCUGUGUUUGAUAUCAAACUUCUUUAUGGCAUAUUUUAAAAUUCUCAUGUGAUUGAUACUGGUAUCGAUUGUAGUACGGGAUAAAUGGCAAAGAUAUAUACUACAAUGUUUUCGCGGAAGCUUAUUUUUCCUUUUUUCGCGGAAGUGGCCUCCACAGUUACUUUGGAUAUUCAGUACUUUUUUGCACAAUCAAUGGUCGAUGUUUGUUUAACAAUUUAACUUCAAUUUUUAGACCUUGAUUUCUACUCUAAUUUCCGAGGCACUUUCAAAAAAAGUAAAUGCUUUAGAGAUUCCUGACGAAAUGGAGUAGAAGAUAGCUUGUAUUUAUUAGCUCUACACGGUUUACGAUUUCCUGUGUUAUAUGGAGUUGUUUUAAAAGGAAUAUGGGAAAUGUUGACGUGAAAUUCUGAUGUCUGAUGAUGAUAAUCGCCUCUUUGUCAAUUUUUCUAGCCUUUCUUAUCCUUAUCUUUUCUUUCUUUCUGAUUCCCAUUUAUUACAGCUGCGUCCUUGAAAUUCAAUAAAAGUAGUCUACCUAUCCGCCUUCAUGUUUAUUUUCUCUCGUUCUGGUUUUUUUAGAUGUUUUUAAAUGCAGGUCUCUUCUUCAGUCCUAUUACUGAUUCUGUUAUUGUUGUGUUCUGUACGUUAUAUCUGUCUUAUGACGUUAUAUUUCCACUAACAUGGUCGUACUUAUGCUCGGUUCAUUCAUCACUACUGGUUUCUUGUUUUAUCUGUAUCAGUCUAGGAGCUUUUUUAAAAUAAAGUUUAAAACAG